UUCUCCGUGAAUAAAAUGAACAAAUAUACUCUUACAGGUCACAUACACACUCUUACAAAGAACCGUAAACGCAAUUACGACCCAAACAUAAUAUUACAAAAUGUCGACAACUUGAUGCCUGAAGAAAAAGAUAACUUCAUUCCGAAUAAAAACGAACGUCGUGACACUAACACGAAAAAAGUUAAAACUAUAACCGCCUUUAUACAGGAAGCUAUAAACAUUCUAAACAAUUAUGAAAACGAUGAUUUCGAAGACUUUUUCUUAAUUUUAAGCGACGAAAUAAGGAAAUACCACUACAGAGGUUGCAAGUUUUACGAAAUUAUUGAAAAUAUUGAAACUAGGAGGCAGUUAGGAGCUAUAUUAGAACUGGUUAGAGCUAAGCCUGUAGCUGAAACUGAAGCCAAUAUGAGUUUACUUGCGAAGAUGUUAAAAGAAGAAAACUAUUCUAAAAAAGUUAAGGAAUUUGUUGAUUACAUCAAUUCUCUAUACAUGCAGGACGGUCAAGAGAAAUUUAAUAAAGUACUGACAGCUUUAAAAAAUUAUGGCGAGGCGAAAUCUAAACGAAAUCCUGAUACUUUAGUCAAUAUUGUCAAAUAUGCAGUUCGAUCUAUUAUAUUCGAUCAUUAUACAGACCUCAACCCAAAUGCUAGGCGAGAAUUAAAAGGUAAAAUAGAAGCACUUUGGAAAAAUCCUGCAAAAUUAAAAACUACGGCUAAUACGAAGUUUAUUGAUUACACGAUUGCUACAAAAGGCAAGUUUGUUAAUACUAAAACUAAAGUCAAUGAAAAAGAAGAUACAUCAAGAGAACGCCAAGUGAGUACCGUGAGAGGGAGAGAAGAAUCUAAAUCAGUAGAACAACAGACAGACGCAGACAGUAGUGAUAAAGAAUCUCAUGAAAACCAACAUAAAUCUGGAGCAAUUUCAGAGAUUUUAGACGAUAACUUGACAACAGACGAAAAAUCUAAAGAAGUUAAGGAAAAAGACGAAAAAACAGACGCGAAUUCGGAAGAACAAAUUGAUGAUUCUAAAAAAGAUUCGAAAGAAGCUACAAACGAUAAAGAAACAAGUGCACAAUCUUCACUGAAUUCAAAAAACAUUGACACAGGCGAAUCUAUUGACUCUAGUUCCAACUCCAUAGAAUUCUCUCAGGAGAGACAAAGAGAGUACAACACAGAGCGAUACGUGACUCUAUUCCCAGAAGAAAUCACAUACAGAUCAGAGAGAUUGGCUAAGGAAGCAAAGAUAAAGCAACGAGCUGACAGUAAAUCAGUAAAGAAAUCUACAUUCCAAUCAGUGCAAAGGAUGUGGGUGGAAGAAUCAACGGGUGGGAUCCCUAAGUACAUACUGAAUAGAUACACAUCGCCAACGCCUAAGCAAAAAUCUACAGAGGAAUCAAAUGAAUCUUCAGAUGCCUCAAAAGUCUGGUCGAAAUUGAAAAAGCACACAAAAUCUGAUAAAAAGAAGCACACACAAAAACACAAGCAUACAUCAAAAAAAGCGAAGCACACGAUGAGAAAACACAGACAGUCUAAGAAACGUAAGCACACAGAUAAAAAACAGAAGCACACUAAAACACAAAAGCAUAACAAGCAUGUUCACAAAAAACAUGAAUCUAAAAAACAGAAGUCGAAAUCGAAGAAGAAGCAUUUGAAGCUAAAACAAGAGAAGAACGAGAAACAUAAGUCUUAUAAACGUGAUAAGGUACCUACAAUGAAACAAGGAUACAAUAAGGAACCAUACUAUCGUCAUAGGCCUGAAGUGGUUCGCUAUACACAGCUGGAUGCUUACAACGAUUUUAAACGCGGUUUCGAUGAUGUUAAAACUCCUGUCCAUAUGAUUCACAAGGUAGAAACAUAUCCACGUGGUAUCUUAGGAACUGAAGAGUUUGGUCUUCCUAUACCAACGACUGCACCAACACUGAGUACUGCUAAAUAUGUACCUCCCAGGAUCCUUAAAUUGAAAGGUCUCGUCAGACCCACGCCAUCGAUACUUAAGUCUGCACAAAAUAUGUCCCAGAGUAGGUAUUCCAACCAGUUUGAAUUAUGGGACCAAAAUAACGUUGGAGACAUGAGAAAGAGUGCAGCCCCACCCAUGAUGUCUGGUGAAGGAGUUUCUAUAGAAGAGUUUAAAAAAGAAAGAGAUAGAGAAAUGAGUCAGAGGAAGAGUCUUUUCAAUGACAGUCUUUCAGGACUUAUAGAUCCACAACUGAUAAAUAAAUUGAAUAAUUUAGAAAGAGAGUUGGAUGUUGUUAAAGCGAAAAUGAAUGGCAGUAAUGAAACCAAUGAUAAUUUAAAAGGUAUAAAUGAAGAGGCUAAUGUGAAGCUUGUGAACGAAGACUUUUUAAGAAGUAACAAAAAAGAUGGAAACAAGAAUUUCGUUAAAAUCUACAACGACAUCGUUGGUAAAUUGCAAGAAAAACCAACGACUAUAACUACAGUUAAACCUACUGUUAAAACAACAGUCAAAACUACAACUACAACCAAGAAAAUUGUGACUAACGCUACAAAAACAACUACUACUACUGUCAAACUCACUACAAAUACAACCACCGAAAAAAUUGACACAAAAAAUAAGAAAUCAGACCCUUUAGCAGUACCAUUGAUGGCACUAAAAGGUGACAAAUCUGGGAAAAACAAAGGAACUACUAAAGACUCGAAAAAUAACAAAACCAAACAAAUUACUAAAGAUAAUAAGAAGACUACUAAAAUGACUAAAGGUAAAGAUAAAGCUACUGUUACCAGCAAAGGGGUGACUACAAAGAAUGUCAAUACGACUUUUAGUAUAUCUACAGUAACUGUGAAAGCUAAAACAGCUAAUUUAGGUCAACCUCAAGUAGCCAAGAAUGUAUGGUGAGGCUACCAACGUUCUUAAAACGUCGUAAAUAAAUGGUUUAUUAAAAUUAAACCGAAUAA